AUGUCAUUUUUUUACCACAACACAGUCAUACAAACGUGCCAGCGAAUCUUCCGCCGUCCAGCGGAUGCUGCAAUGUGGCUCUUCACAGCUCUCGUCGUUGCUAGCACCGUUUACACGCUCGUUUGGCCGUCUGGGCGCCGCCCUCGCGGACCGUCCCGAUGA